ACACAACGUGGCGGCAAUGCACAAUAGAAGGUGAUUGUCAACCACCAAUAAAAAACAGAAGAAGAACCGCGACUGAAAAAAGAGCCGCCUUCUGUUGUUCAUUCCAAAGAACCACCUCUAAAGAGCCGUUGCAGCAGCCACCGAUACACCACUACCCGCUGCCCAGAGCGGAGCAUCGAGCACACCGAGGGCGACGACAAACGGUUUAAUAACGAAUAACAACCUUCUCCGUCCAUGUUGGCUUUUCUCGUCAUUUUAGUCGCGCCUACGACAUUGUAGGUGCCUCCCGGCCGCAUGGAGUCCUUGUUGAAAAAGUCAGUGAGGCUUUUUGCGGACAAGAGAGCAUCGCGCUGCUGUUAGCUAACGUAAGCCGAUGCUUGCUAAUGUUAGCUAGCCGCAGCCAGUGGACUCCAAGGGCUCGAGCUCGGUACCGUGGUCCACUUUACUCAAGGAAGAAAGGACUUUAUCAUCCUUUUAAACAAUGGGCCUCAUAUUCGCCAAACUAUGGAGCUUCUUCUGUAACCAAGAGCACAAGGUGAUCAUUGUUGGCCUUGACAACGCUGGGAAGACGACAAUCCUCUACCAGUUUCUCAUGAACGAGGUGGUACACACGUCUCCCACCAUCGGCAGCAAUGUGGAGGAGAUCGUGGUGAAGAACACGCACUUCCUCAUGUGGGACAUAGGUGGACAGGAGUCUCUCAGGUCCUCGUGGAACACGUACUACUCCAACACAGAGUUUGUCAUCCUGGUGGUGGACAGCACAGACAGGGAGCGUCUGGCCAUCUCCAAAGAGGAACUCUACAGGAUGUUAGCUCAUGAGGACCUGAGGAAAGCAGCUGUGCUGAUAUUCGCCAAUAAGCAGGACAUGAAGGACUGCAUGUCGGCGGUGGAGAUAUCCAAAUACUUGACGCUGAGCUCCAUCAAAGACCACCCCUGGCACAUCCAGUCCUGCUGUGCCCUGACAGGAGAAGGGCUUUGUCAGGGUCUGGAGUGGAUGACCUCCCGGGCUGGCCUGAGAUAGCCAUGGAUCUACCCACCCCCCCCCCCACCCCCCAUCACCACCAGCAUUUCCUUCCUGUUAUUAUUUUGGAUGCAGACCUCAGCAGACGACAGCAUGGACAGCAAGUUGCUGCUUGUCUGGGCAUCAACACUACAUAAGGUUAAAGGUCAAGGUUUUAGGACUAAAGGACAGGAGUCAAGUCUGGAUCCUUAGGACUACACGUGCACCACAUGGAGGCUAUUUUUUAUUUUUAAUACAACUUCCGAGUCAAACAAAAGGGAUGGUGAGUAUCGGAAGAAUGAAGAGGAUGUUUGUCAUUGCACACCUUGUUACGCUCGUCAUAAGCUACGUGACCCCCGUCACGCCGUGUCUCCCAAAUGUCGUCAAACUGGAAUCUCCUCUCGCUCAUGUCACUUUUACUUCCUGUUUGUCCUCCGCCUUCACUGGCGCCGGAAUCGUUUUUAAUGACAGUAUUUUCAUGUUUUUCUUUUUAAAGAAAUGGUGCUCUUGCAUGUGUGCAUUAUUUCCCACUUUUCUAGCAAAGUGAGACGAUGACGUCAGUAUUUGAGCCACGGCCUGGUGAACAGGACGGCUCGGCCUUAACCACCUUUGACUGGCUCAGGUACCAUGUGACAUGUUACAUAUUACAUGCUAACAUGUUUCAUUAAAUGCUUUUCUUCUAUGCUUUACCAUCAUAA